AUGCCCGUUACCCUGAAAGUCGCAGACCAUAGCGCAGCUGGGUGGAAGAGCGCAGGAAUCACGUCGACCGAGGGGCUCCUCAAGGAAUCAUGCCCCAAAGAGUUCGCCAAAAGCGAGAGGAUAAUCCAGAGCUCCUUCAGCCCUGCAAAGCUGCGCGAGAACCACGUCUCAGCGUCGCGCAACGGCUUCUUCUGGACGGCGUACCACGCCUACAGCAACCACCACCACCUGGUCAUCCGGCCGGAGGACGUGUGGUUCUCGAUCCUCAACCAGCUCAGCUUCUUCAUCAACGCCAACGCCGAGCAGCUGCGCUCGUUCUUCGUCGCGCACGAGGGCAAGAAGACGCUCGAAGUCGUGUCGGCCGGCACCGAGGGCACCGUCGACUUCGGCGCGCUGGCGCAGUGCAUGACGCACCUGAUCGCGAAGAACGUCGUCGAUCCCGAUCUACGGACGUGGGUCAUGCCGGCCUUCAGCACGACGACCGAGGAGGACAGGGUCGUCGGCUCCAUCCUGUUCAUGGGCGCCAUGCAGAAGUACUUUGAGUUCAAGAUGACCCUCGCCUGCGGCAUCCCCUCCGUCACGCUCCUCGGCGAAAUCGCCGACUGGCAGGACAUCCUCGCGCGCCUCGACAAGCUCGAUCAACUAGGCGAGGAACCCACCCGCUUCGCAGAGCUGCUGCGGCCCGUCCUGCGCCGCAUGAUCCGCUCGUUCGAGGAACCCACGGCGCCCGACGUCGUCGACUUCUGGAACGCCAUCGCCCACUACAACCGCGAGUUCAGUGGGACCGACUACAUCUCCGGCUGGCUGCCGGCCUUUUGCUUCUGGGACGAGGAGGGCAGGGCGAAGGGGGUGAGGCACCGCAGCUGGGCGGCCGAGCCGGGCGUGUACGCGCUCGAUGGCGUCGAGUAUCACACCGUCGACACGGACGCCGUGCCCGCCGGCUUCUCGAGCGUGCCCGUCAUGUUGGAUGAUAACGGGAAGCAGUUCGAGACGACCAUGGUGGCCGGAUCGGUGGGGAUUCGGGCUUUCGGGCGGGGGCAGGAGGAGGGACAGGCUGCCGGCGCCGAGGAGCAGCGGGAUACUGUGCAGCCGUUGAGCGGUUGGUGGAUGUAUAAGAACAGGAAAGGGGAAGAAGGAGGAAGAGAGGAAGAGGGCGGUGAGGAGUAUACGGUUGAGGUCGAGACUGUCCGUACGGAGCCAGAUCCGGUUCAGAUAAUUGAGGUACCUGAGCCGGCGCCGGCGUAA